AUGCUCUUGAGAGUUGAAUCAUUUACUCCUAAAGGACGUUUAGCACAUUCCUCCGUCCUUGUAGUAGAUAAGCUUUAUUUUUUUGGCGGAGCAGGUGGUGAUACAGAUAUAGAACUAAUUCAAAUCGCAACAGAAGUUUUUUAUCUUGAUGUAACUAAACCAUUUGAUAUAAAAAUUCCACCUUUGACUAGACUCAGUAAUAUUCCAUUUGGAAGCGUAUGGGCAACUGUUGAAUAUAAUAACAUAAAUAACGAUCAGAAUAUUUAUUUAUUUGGAGGUUAUAUGUUAGAUAAUUAUCUGUCUGAUUCAUUUAAUUCGAUAAUAUAUCGUUUUAAUGUAAAUUCCUCUACGUGGUGGAUACCUCCUGUUGGCGGAACUUCACCUGAAAGACGAAGAGACAUUAAGGCUGUUAAUAGUGAUGGAAAGUUAUAUAUUUUUGGUGGAAGUACUAAUAAUUACUUGGGUUCACCUACAACCAAAUUUUUUAAUGAUAUGAUCAUUUUUGAUACCGUUGGAAUAUCAUGGUCAAUUAUUUCUUCGGUUGACGCACCGACACAACGAGCUUUAUAUACUGCAACAUUAUUACCAAAUGGUUAUAUUGUAUAUAUUGGAGGUUAUGAAUCUAAGGAGAACGGAGACAUCACUGAAGUAGAUAUUAAACAAAUUAAUCUUUUUGAUACAAAUUCUUUAACCUGGUCAUUAAAGAUCGCAAAUGUUUCAAGUCAAAUUGAUAAUCGUGCUGCACAUACAGCUGUAUUAGUUCAAAUUGAAGUUGAAAAUGAUCCGAUUAAACCGAAUAAAAAUAUAGCAAACCCUAUAAUAAUUGUCAUUGCAACAAUUAGUGCAAUUGUAGGAACUGGUAUCCUUUCUAUUUGUGGAAUUUUCAUUUAUAGAUGGCAAAGAUCUAGGAGAUAA